AUGGCAUCUGAAACGACACAACCCGUGCAGCAGUCCGAAUCCGGGCCUGCUUCUCAAGAGCUUCCAACAGAGGCGUACCCGGUCUCUGAUAAUCGUGAUCCGGCGCCGUUAGUACCACCACCACCACCACCACCUGCUGGCGGCGGCGGCGGCGGUAUGCCCACCGUGGACGACCCGUUCAACUUCCCGACUGACGAGGCCCUACCGGCCUACUCGGCUUACGCGAGCGACGCUGUAGCUGCCGCUCCGCCGCCCACCUUUGCAGACGGCGCGGGUCCGAGCAGCAGCGGCAGCAGCAGCGCGGCCGCCGGCGCGCCUCCCAGCUAUCAUCCUUCGGGCAACGCCCGCCCGGACGUGAUGAUAAGCACCUCGUCCACGACGAACACCUCGUUCUCGUUCUCGAUGGGCGGCCGGGCCAAGCCGAGCCGCAAUUCCAAGCUCGGACCCCCGCCCAAGACGGGCCUCGCCGCGUCCACGAUGAAGCCCGUCGCCAUCCCGCAGGUCGUCCCAGACGCGUCCUCGCCCUUUGUCGGCGCGUACCCGCCGUGCCUGCUCGCGCGAGGCAUCACCGAGGCCACCUGGCGGUCCUUCCUCGACACCGUGUCCGCCUUCCUGACCGCCACCGUCGGCGACCGCGCCGUCAGCCACGCCGGCGACAUGGCACGCCACCUCACUGCCGACACCACCGACCUCGGCAAGAACCUGGCCGGCCAGUCCAAGCGGCUCGGCAAGGACCUCGCGCGGCACGCGCGCCGCGGCAACAUCCUCGGCGUCGCCGCGACGCUCGUCGGCGGCGCCAUCAGCCUGCCGAUGACCGCGGCGUUCGGGACCGUGGGCACGGUGACGCGGCUGCCGGGGGCGAUGGUCGGCGCGGUGGCCAAGAGGCCGCGGACGCCGGCGGAGCGCGUCAACGCGUACACGGUGGUGGCCAACGGGGAGUGGCUGAACCGGCGCGGGCUGCACGCGCAGCUGGUCGACACGGCGGGGCUGGCGCACGUGCUGGACGUGCCGCCGGGGCAGCUGCUGGCGGUGGCGCGCGGCGGCAAGGAGGGCAGCGCGGAGGGCAUGCUGCGCGCGCUGGACGCGCACGUCGAGCCGCUCAAGGUGGAGGCGGGCGCGACGUUGGGGCUGUCGGAGAAGACGCUGUGGCUGGUGCUGGUCGAGGUCGACCCCGCGGCGGUCGCGGCGGAGCAGGAGAAGGCUCGCCGGGGCGACGCGGACCGGGAUUUCAACCAGGCUAAUGACAGUGUCAGCGAGAGAAUCAGGCAGGCUCAGGGCAGCGUCGACGAGAGAAUCAAGCAAGCCAAUGAUGGCUUCGACCAGAAGCUCAAACAAGCGAAUGAUCGGUUCGACCAGAAAUUCAAGCAAGUGAAUGACGGCUUCAAACAGAAAUUUAGCCAGGCGAAUCAUGACUUCGGCCGGAGAUCCGUCCAGGGUGGUGGUGCGUCCAGCCAGAGCGACAGUGCGUACAGUCAACACAGCAACGCAUCCAGCCAGCGCAAGGGUGUAUUCGGCCUGCACUAUAAUUCAUUCAGCCAUAGCAACACCACGGCCACGUACAACAAUGCGUCCGGCCAGGCAUUCGGCCAGGGCAGCGGCAACGACAAUAAUAGCCUUGGCAAAGACAACGAUGGCUCUGGAAAGGCCAAUGAUGGCUCUAGCAAGGACAUCAAUAGCUCCAGCAAGGGCAAUGAUAGCCCCGGCAAGGGCAAGGGUAGCUGUUGA